AUGUCUCGUCAAUUCAUUCCAAAGUUAUGUAACGAUUUAAUAGAACUUCUGGAGGAGGAUACCAACUAUUUUGACGUGAUCAUCGAAGUUGGCGAAGAGAUAACAAACAAGAAAAUGUUUCAAGCACAUUCAGUAAUUCUACACUACAGAUCUCCAUAUUUUCGUAAAGUGCUGGCGAAUUCCACAAGGAACGGAGAAAAUGAAUAUGUGUUAAGGUUACCAAAUAUCUCGGGAAAUAUAUUCCAAAUUUUAUUGAGAUAUAUAUACAAUGGAAGUCUUGUUAUAGACUCACUCACCAACCUCGACAUCUUUCGCCUUUUGAUCGCCGCCGAUGAUCUCUAUCUCCAAGAAUUCUUCCACCUGUCAUCUCGCGAGUUUUUCGAGAAAGUUCGUCCGUUUGAAAAGAUUAUACGGCAACGCGUUUACGAGGAUUUGAUGCAAUACUUUUUGGUGCCGGGAAGCGAUCCAAACACGGAAAUUUUGCCCCCAAGACAAGGGAUGAUUGAUUCUACGCUCAUUACCAGUAAACAUGCAUCGUUGCUUUCUUCCUGGAUUGAUCAUAAACAUCAGUGUUCAAAACUGCCUCUUGGGUUUUCUUAUUACGAAAUCUACGAAAAUCCGUACGAAUUUAAACUAUUGCUCCGAGGUACACGUGAUGAUUUUUCCUUGGCAUCAUUCAAGGGAUUAUGUUAUGAUAAACCAAUGACGAUUGUGGUAAUGAGGGUCAAGGGAACUGACGAACUAGUGGGAGGGUUUAACCCGAAAUCGUGGAUUCCGGGGGAGAACGUUUAUGAGUAUUCGGAAGAUAGUUUUUUGUUUGCAUUUAGGGGAUCUAACAUUUCUAGGGGAGGGAUGGGCGUAAAGAACAUUAUAUUGAGUAGAGUAGAACAACCUACGCAUGCGUUAUAUCAGAGUGCAAAUAAUGGAUUGACAUUCGGUGGUGGUGACCUGGAAAUGUAUGGAGAAUAUUUUAAUGAGGAGAAUAAAAUUUACUGCAAUAAGUAUGAGUACGAGAGGUGCAUUAGGCAGGCUGGCG